AUGGCUGCUAAGACGGCUGGCGGAAAUUCCGCCUUCCACAACUUCAACAAUGACUUUGCUCAUAUUGAAGACCCAAAUGAGCGCCGACGUCUUGCUCUCGCCGAGAUCGACAAGGCUCCCUUCGGCUGGUACCAUGUACGCGCCAUUCUGGUCGCUGGUACUGGUUUCUUCACAGACAGUUACGACAUUUUCUGUGUAUCCCUCUUGACCAUCAUGCUGGGUAUCGUCUACAAGCAGGACCACAAGGGUACUCUUUUGACCCAGCAAGAUACUGCCAUCAAGCUGGCUACUUCGGCUGGCACCGUCAUUGGACAAGUUGGCUUCGGUGCGCUUGCUGAUAUCGUUGGCCGUAAGAAAAUGUAUGGUCUUGAGCUCAUCCUCAUCAUUGUUGCAACUCUCGCACAAUCUCUGGUUGGUCCUGGUCCAGGAACUUCAGUUGUUGGUCUCAUCAUCUUCUGGCGUGUGCUCAUGGGCAUCGGCAUCGGUGGUGACUACCCGCUAUCUUCCAUUAUUACUUCCGAGUUUGCUACUACCAAGUGGCGUGGUGCUAUGAUGGGUGCUGUCUUCGCCAUGCAGGGUUUCGGUCAGCUUGGUGGUGCUCUCGUCAUGUUGUGCCUCGUUUCCGGCUUUAAGAGCAAGCUUGUCAAGGCCAGUGGAUAUGACACCUGCACUGGUGACUGCCAGGUCGCUGUUGAUCAGAUGUGGCGUGCUCUCAUCGGUCUCGGUAUCGUUCCUGCCUGCAUUGCCCUCUACUACCGCCUCACCAUCCCAGAGACGCCUCGCUACACCUUCGAUGUCGCUCGUGAUGUCGAAAAGGCAAAUGAGGAUGCUAAGCAAUAUCUUUCUGGCAAGCACGGUGAGGGCAACGUCGAUGAGAUUACUCAGGUUACUGCUCGCCGUCAGUCCGCUGCCCAGCUCGAGGUUCCCAAGGCUUCUUUCAAGGACUUCUUCAGGUUCUACGGAAAGCUUCGCAACGGCAAGAUUCUCUUUGGAACUGCCAUGUCAUGGCUCCUUCUUGAUGUCGCCUUUUAUGGCCUCGGUUUGAACUCUUCGACUGUGUUGCAGGCUAUUGGCUACGCCAGCGGUGAAAACUUGUACCACAAGCUCUACAACCUUGCUGCUGGUAAUGCCAUUCUUAUCUGCGCCGGUGCUAUUCCAGGUUACUGGAUGGCUGUCGCAACCAUUGACACUGUUGGUCGCAAGCCCCUUCAACUCAUCGGCUUUACUCUUCUCACUAUUCUCUUUGUCAUCUGGGGUUUCGCCUACAAGCACCUCAGCAACCACGCUAUGCUUGCCAUCUACGUCCUCAUCCAGCUCUUCUUCAACUGGGGACCCAACACAACCACCUUCAUUGUUCCCGGAGAGUGCUUCCCUACGCGCUACCGCUCUACCUCCCACGGUAUCUCCGCCGGCUCAGGAAAAAUUGGUUCCAUCAUCGCCCAGGGCGCCAUUGCCCCGCUGCGAACACGAGGCCACCCUACAAAGGCCAACCCCAGCCCGUGGCUCAACCACGUCAUGCAGAUCUUUUCUGCCUUCAUGUUUGCUGGUAUCUUCACCACCCUACUUAUCCCAGAAACCAAGCGCAGGACGCUCGAGGAUCUGGCCCAGGACUGGGAUAUGGGUGAUGAGAGCAUCACGGGCGAGGAGCACGCUCGCAAAAUCACCAGGACCAGCGAUGAGGCUGAGCAGCCCAAGGCUUGA